AUCACCUUUCGAGUUAGAGUUUUUUUUUUUUUUUUGGUCAUUUCAACAUUUGUUGUAAAGAGAAAUGAACAGUUAUAGUAUUAGGUGUAUGUUGAGCUCCUGCAGAAGAAGCCUUCCUCAAGUAUUGUACUGGAAUGUUGUUCGCGCGAACACGACGACGAGAAGUCUUAGUCUGUGUGGCAGUUUGAAGAAGGAGGAGGAGGACAGUCCCAGUACGGCCGCGUGUUUUCUUUCUCGCCGUGGCGCCCUCUUCUCUCGCGGCCGUGACCGAUACUCGUGGAAGAUGAGAUUUUACCCCGAUCACCACCACCACCACCACCGCAGCAGUGCCAGUAGUUUUAGUAAAACUUUUACCACACAUAGCGCAGGCGUGAUGACCGAGGCUCAGACCCAGCAGCGACAUGACGGGUCCGCAGCGGAUUUGGAAACUGAUGACGAGGAUGUCAGAAAACGACCCCCCUGCACGUUCAACAUCGACGUUGUGGUGGCGCUCUUACGCCAGGAGAACGCCGCAGACGUGUGCGUGAUAAACGUGCCCAAGGAGAUGAAGUACGUAGACUACUUCGUCGUGGUCAGCGGUUCCUCGACGAGACAUCUUAUAGCCAUGGCGGAGUAUUCUCUCAAAGUGUAUAAAAGUAUGAAGACAGAUGCUGACCCACAUGUGAGGAUUGAGGGUAGGAAUUCUGAAGAUUGGCUCUGUAUAGAUUUUGGACAUAUUGUUGUCCACUUCAUGCUUCCAGAGACCAGGGAGCUGUACGAGCUGGAGAAACUGUGGACUCUUCGUUCUUUCGAUGAGCAGCUGAGUCUUAUGCCUACUGAGAUAUUACCAGAAGAUUUCAUAUAUGAAGACAAAUCAAAAGAUUGGCGCUCAGGUUUUGGAGAGGGAGGAGGUGUGAAACAGUUGUAGGCAACAAGAAAUGAUGGUGCUUUUCUUGAUCUGACAUUAAAAUAACAUUGAUGCCUUUAUUUUGAGGGCUAAUUAAAUUACCUAUAGAAUAGGUAACAAUAAAAGCACUAACCAUGACCGCUGCAUUUCAGGACUUUCACAAGGUCUUUAGGGACCUAAUGCCAAGUGCUGGUUGUGUAGUGUUUGAAAACAAUGCAUGGGAUGCCUUUGAUUACAACAUAGAAAGAAAAAUAUCUGUAGAGAACUGGUUGGUACUUGUUUCUUUCACACUGUACAA